AUGGGUGCUAUAAAGCAGCUACGCACAAACUAUGACAUGAUCAUGAAUCGGCUGCUCAACCAAACAGACAAGGCCCUUCGCAAGGUGCUGACCUCAUACGAAUUUUCGCUUAACGGGCCUUGGUCGCCUUUGGCUGUUCCGCCUGCCUCUGUUUCCCCUGAGGCCCCGAUGUCUGAGGUCAGGCUCCAAAAGAGCAUCCGAACUUCGAAGAUCGCAACGUUCUCCGCAUGA